UGUCUGACAGGCAAACAAGCAACACAUCAAUUAAAUCGAAAAGCAAAAAACGGAGCAUUAAAUUUUAAAAAUUUGUGAAAAAUGGAAAAUAAUAAUGCAAAUUUAAAUCCAGAUAAUUCAACAACGGAGAACCAGUCGAGUCCUGUUGGGCAAACCGAUGAGACUGCGGAGACUUCGUUGACUUUGCGACGCAGUCCACGGGUCAAGCGACCCAGGAUACCCUGUGACUGUUGCACAACGGGUAUGCAUGUGCGUACCUUCACCAACAUUAUGGGACGUCGGCCGCUACACACGCCAAGAGCAACUGCAGCUCAACGUUCGGUGAAGCGCAAACGAGUGUCACAGAUUAAUCCAACAACUCCAGCUGAAACUGGAGCUGUUGAGCGUCCUUCGACUCGGACUCCACGUGACCGCAACAAUGUUGGCGUCCCAAAAAGAUUGCGCAGUAUUAGACGCCGUCGUCCGAUCUUCACAGCAGCAACUGGGAGAAGAGUCGAGGAAUGCGGCGAGAUCUCUUUUGAGGCAACCCCAACACAAACGAGUGGCAACAGCAAUAAUAACGGCGAGUUAGCCUCGGUGCAAGUUUUGCCACCAAAGCGUCCGUGCUUGCCCCCAAUUCCAACAGUUGUCGCCGCAGAUGUCGACGUUGCCACGACUGCACUUGGUCCACAAUCUGCUCAAGGCGUAUCCCUUAACAUGAAUUUCACAGUAAACAUUUUUUCUGCAUUUAGAAAUGCAGCAACACAAACUGACGCCUUGGACUUGCAGGAAAAUGCAGACACUCAAGCCACUGCAAAUACUUCAGCUGUGGAAGACAAGAAAAAGAUUCUUAUACCUUUUGAAGAAAUCAAAUCGGAAUCUGCAUCGCAAGCACCUUCCGUAUUCGGUGAUAAAGAGAGCAAUACAAUUGUCAAUUCGACACUACUAUCCACAUGUAAAGAGGAAUCUUUUACGCUUCCUCGACCCAAGGAAUAUUAUCGACAGAAUCCGCCAUCACUUGAGCAAUCCAGUUCGGACGAAGAGGAUGAAGAGGACGAAGAGGAAUACUGAUAAUACUGUCAAUAAGUUGCCAAUUGAAGUGAGUCUUAUCUUAGGUGCAACUACUUUGUAUAAUUUGUGUUACAUCAACAAUACUCUGAAUUAAAUAAAUU